AGUGAGAGAGAGAGAGAGAGAGAGAGAAAAAGGAGGAGUGAGAGGGCUGAGGAAGCAGGGACACAGAGUUGCGCAGGAGCGAUGGAGGAACAGGCUUUUUGCUGUGAUCAGUGUUUUCAUCACUAGUGUUGUUCUUCAGCUGCUCUGUCGUGGGGAUUACAGUCGUCUUUCCACUCUCUCACACACACGAGCCUGGAUUGAUCAAUGAUCACUUGCACACACACCCACACGCACUCUAACCGGAGGUAGUCCUACCCGUAGGGGUUGCUGUGCUGGAAUGGGAAGAUGCUACAGCUGCUGCUGUUUGGCCUGUGUGUCAGGUGUGCGUGAGCUGGGGAUUCGGGUGUGUUGAUUCCCACGCACGCUUUGACACACCCACACCUAAUGCCUGGUGCGUUCCCGAGGGGACAUACAGCACGCCUGGCCCAGGGCCCUCCAUGCCAUGGUAAAUACCUGCUAAACCUACCUCGAGCGAACCGGUGCUAUGUGAUGGAGGCAGGAGGCAAGUCAAAUGCAACACACUUGGACUGUUGUUGAUGCGUGGGAAGUUUCAUUUCAAGGAAGAAUGCAAGCAGAUCAUGGCACGCCAGAAAUCUAACAGCCAGUCGGACUCCCACGACGAUGAGGUUUCUCCCCCACCACCCAACCCUGUUGUCAAGGCUCGGCGCCGCAGGGGAGGGGUCAGCGCCGAGGUGUACACCGAAGAGGACGCUGUCAGCUACGUACGCAAGGUGAUCCCCAAGGACUACAAGACCAUGACCGCCUUGGCCAAAGCUAUUUCCAAGAAUGUGCUGUUUGCUCACCUGGACGAUAAUGAAAGAAGUGACAUAUUCGAUGCCAUGUUCCCAGUCAUGCACAUUGCGGGUGAAACCGUCAUCCAGCAAGGCGAUGAAGGAGACAACUUCUAUGUGAUUGACCAGGGUGAAGUGGACGUGUACGUGAACGGCGAGUGGGUGACCAGUAUCGGAGAAGGAGGUAGUUUUGGAGAGCUGGCCCUGAUCUACGGGACUCCCAGAGCUGCGACCGUCAAGGCCAAGACUGACCUUAAACUGUGGGGCAUCGACCGAGACAGCUACCGACGUAUCCUCAUGGGAAGCACAUUGAGGAAGAGAAAGAUGUAUGAAGAAUUCCUCAGCAAGGUGUCCAUCCUCGAGUCUUUGGAUAAGUGGGAACGUCUGACUGUGGCCGACGCGCUGGAGCCGGUCCAGUUUGAGGACGGAGAGAAGAUCGUGGUGCAGGGAGAACCCGGGGACGACUUCUUCAUUAUCACGGAGGGAAUAGCCUCUGUCCUGCAGCGCAGGUCUGACAACGAGGAGUAUGUGGAGGUCGGACGCCUGGGACCCUCCGACUAUUUUGGUGAGAUCGCCCUGCUGCUGAACCGUCCCAGAGCAGCAACCGUGGUCGCUCGCGGUCCGCUCAAGUGCGUGAAGCUGGACCGGCCCCGCUUCGAGCGCGUGCUGGGGCCCUGCUCGGAGAUCCUCAAGAGGAACAUCCAGAGAUACAACAGCUUCAUCUCCCUCACUGUGUGACACGUCGGCCCCUCUGGGCCCCACCAGCAGGGCUGGGCAGCAUCAGCAGAGUUUGGGUUUGUGGGUGGGAAUGGGUGAGGAUGUGAGGUGAAGGACAUGGGCUUUACAUCCACAACUACAGGGUGCUUGUUUACUGCCUAUUUUGUUUUUUCUUUCCAUUUUGUGCUAUUUCUUUUUUCUUUCUUUUUUUUUUUUCUCGAUCUUUUGCACUUGACCCGUGCUGUCACGUAGCUUUAUGUCAAAACCAACAUGCAGGAGUGUAGAAAUCAGAGAGAGGACGGUGAUAAUUCAACUAAUGAAAUACUGUAAAUGAGUCAUAUGUGGUGAUGCAUGCUUCUGGACUGACCAAGAACGGCAUUCGCACUUUCAUGGAUUUAUGAAAGGUUUUUUCACCUCUGGUUGUGCGUGGUGCACUUUCUAGAUCAAAUCAGGCCCGCACUACCCCCCACGCCCCCAAAAUAUAGAAUAUAUGAAGAAUAUUAAAUACUUAGCCGGGCAUUUUCAAUGCCCCUUAAGUGUGCUUUUAAUAAUCUUAUCAGUUGAAAGUUUGUUAACGGCAAGGGUUUGUUGAGUAAAGAUUUGAAUACGAUAUCUUCCAAAUUAACUAACAAGAGUUUUGUUGAGAAAUCGUAUCCGUGCCGUCCGUCCCUGAAGGGGUUCAAGUCUGACCUCGGGACUUGCGGGACACCAAAGGAGCAGCAGUGUUAUCAGUGCGGUUUGCAAACACUCAAACAGAGCCUGAAACACGCUGACAGGAAACACUCGACAAUACGGUAUAAGCUUACACGGUCUCAGGACAAUUUGAUUCUUUAACUCAAACACAGACGUCUUUUCUGACGCUUUUGAUUUUAUUCUGAUAUAUUGCUAGAUGAAAAGCUUUUGCACCACUUUCGAGUUUGUAACGUUAUGGAAAUGAUGGUUUAUGCUCUUUUUAACACAUGACUUAAAUGUUACGUAUAUAAAGUAGAGAAAUAUACAUGUGAUGCUUUUGUUUGAUCUACUGUAUUUUGUCAAACAUGCACAACUGACCCAGCAACCGAUGUAUAAAAUGGAACCUGACAAGAAUCUUUCUAUAUUCUCUCUGUCUUUAUGUCUUUCUUUCAACUUUCAAACCAUCUUGAGCAAAUAAAGAUACGCUUCUAAAAUC